AUGCCAAAGAAAGCAGAGCCCGCGGGGACCGGGCAGGAGGAGGGGCCCGCGCCCUGCAAACGGCCGAAGGGGGAGGCGGCUGGGGGGCCCUGCCCGCUGAACUUCGACAGCCCUGGUGCGUUCUUUGAAAGUCUAAUCUCGCCCAUCAAGACAGAGACCUUUUUCAAGGAGUUCUGGGAGCAGAAGCCCCUGCUCAUUCAGAGGGAGGACCCUGCACUGGCCGCGUAUUACCAGUCCCUGUUCAGGCUGUCCGACCUGAAGGGGCUGUGCGGCCGGGGCCUGUCCUACGGCCGGGACGUGAACGUCUGCCGCUGCGUCCACGGGAGGAAGAAGGUGUUGAAUAAGGAGGGCAAGGUGCACUUCCUGCAGCUGAGGAGAGACUUUGAUCAGAAAAGGGCGACGAUUCAGUUUCACCAGCCUCAGCGGUUUAAGGAUGAGCUCUGGAGGAUCCAGGAGAAGCUGGAAUGCUACUUUGGCUCCCUGGUUGGCUCGAAUGUGUACAUAACGCCUGCCGGCUCGCAGGGCCUGCCGCCCCACUACGAUGACGUCGAGGUGUUCAUCCUGCAGCUGGAGGGGCAGAAGCACUGGCGCCUCUACCCCCCCACCGUGCCCCUGGCGCGCGCCUACAGCCUGGAGGCGGAGCACAGGCUCGGGCGGCCGGUGCUGGAGUUCACGCUGAAGGCUGGCGAUUUGCUGUACUUUCCCCGAGGGACCAUCCACCAGGCGGACACGCCGCCGGGGCUGGCCCACUCCACUCACCUGACCAUCAGCACCUACCAGAGCAGUUCGUGGGGAGAUUUCCUUUUGGACACCAUAUCGGGGCUUGUGUUUGAUGCAGCAGAGGAAGAUGUGGAGUUCCGGGCCGGCAUUCCCCGGCAGCUGCUCCUGCAGGUGGAGGCCACAGCCGACGCCAGGAGACGGCUGAGCGGCUUUCUGCGGGCGCUGGCAGACCGCCUGGAAGGCACCCACCAGCCGCUUUCCUCGGACAUGAAGAAGGACUUCGCCAUGAGCAGACUUCCCCCCUUCCACGGGGGAGACGGAGCGGCACUGUGCACGCCGGGUGGGCAGUUGCCGAGGUUGGACAGCGUCGUGAGGCUGUGCCACAAAGACCACAUGGUCCUCACGGUGAUGCCGGAUCAGGGUGGGUCUGAUGAAACUCAAGAAAAGAUGGUUUACAUCUACCAUUCCUUACAGAACAGGAGGGAGACGCACAUGAUGGGGAACGAGGAAACAGAGGCGCACGGACUCCGCUUUCCUCUCUCCCAUGUGGAUGCUCUGAAGCAGAUUUGGAACAGCUCGGCGAUCGCUGUCAAGGACCUGAAACUUGCUACUGACGAGGAAAAGGAGAGCCUGGCCUUGUCUCUCUGGACAGAAUGUUUACUCCAGGUGGUCUAG